AUGAUCAAAGGGUAUUGGAUGCCGUUUGAGGCUGCUAAAGCAGUGGCUGCCACCUUUUGCUGGAAGAUUCGAUAUGCCUUAACCCCUUUAUUUGGGGUCGGUUUUCUUUCAGAGUGUAUUAAGCCGACCGAUGAGAUGUUUGGACGUAUGAUCAUUGACCCGGCAAUUAUUCGAGCUGCAACCAUUACAGCACAUCAGCAGCGCAAUCUUGAGCUCCAGAAGGCAUCCUCCAAUCGUCUUGCGAGCUCUAACAUUUCCUACUUACCCCUGAAACCUAGGGCAGAGCAUGUUAGUGUCAAAAGACUGCGUUCUAGAUCCCACGACAGUUCUCCAGACGAUGAGGAUGUCACUCUUUUUGAUAACAGAGGCCCAAAUCCCCAUAGGGGCGCUUCCUACUAUGACCACCAAGCAUACUCUCCAUCAACCCUACCAAAUUCUGGAUGGACGCCUGCCAAUACGCCACGUACCUCCCAGCCUUUCAGGCGUCUCAUGAAUAACGGAAAUGAGAGCAUUCUCCCGUCUCCCAAGGACAUCAUUGAGUCACUUUCUCGGAUGAAUAACACUAAACUGUCGACUCGCCCCAAUGGGUCAUACCUAGCCUUCAAUGAAGUUGAGAAUGUCAGCGAUGACGGCAGCGGCGACGAUGAUAGUAUCAAUGCAUCGACAUCUGAAGAUGAGCCUGGGAAUAAAGUGCUUACCCAAUGGUCUAAGGUGGACCGCAGCUUCGAAUCCGAGGCCGACGGUGAAACAGACCAAGAAGAUACGGCAAUGCCUGACGAAAAAACACCCCUAUGUUUGCCUCUUACCCAAACACCGCGCGAGGGCACAAAUGAAAGCGUCGUUCAUACUAGACACUCAAAUCCGGAGGGGUCUGUGACAGGAAACGAUGAGGUGGAAAAGGAGAAUACGAGGGAAAAGCAUGAGGCAGCAGCCGAACCAAAGCCGGAAGGGAGGCAGUCACCUCUACCCUUGACAAACGAUGCCAGGGCAGCGUAUAUGUUGAUGAAACUACAUAUGCAGGAGGCAGCGGGCAACAACACUGCGGCCUUAGAUGAAGACCCGGCAAGGAAGAAGAGGCGUGCAUCAGCAUAG